CCAUGAGCAGCCACGGCAACAGCCUGUUUCUGCGGGAGAGCGGCCAGCGCCUUGGCGGGGUGGGCUGGCUGCAGGGGCUGCAGGACAGCAUGCAGCAGAGAGCGCUGCGCACGCGCCUGCGCCUGCAGACCAUGACUCGAGAGCACGUGCUGCGCUUCCUGCGCCGGAAUGCCUUCAUCCUGCUCACUGUCAGCGCGGUGGUCAUAGGGGUCAGCCUAGCCUUUGCUUUGCGCCCGUACCAGCUCACCUACCGUCAGAUCAAGUAUUUCUCCUUCCCUGGUGAGCUUCUCAUGAGAAUGCUGCAGAUGCUGGUGCUGCCCCUCAUUGUCUCCAGCCUGGUCACAGGUAUGGCAUCCUUGGACAACAAGGCAACAGGGCGGAUGGGCAUGAGGGCAGCUGUGUACUACAUGGUGACCACGGUCAUUGCGGUCUUCAUUGGCAUCCUCAUGGUCACCAUCAUCCAUCCUGGGAAGGGCUCUAAGGAGGGGCUGCAUCGCGAGGGCCGCAUUGAGACCAUCCCCACAGCUGACGCCUUCAUGGACCUGGUCAGAAAUAUGUUUCCACCCAACCUUGUGGAGGCCUGCUUCAAACAGUUCAAGACACAGUACAGCACGAGGGUGGUGACCAGGACCGUGGUGCGGACAGAGAAUGGGUCUGAGCUGGGUGCCUCCAUGCUGCCUCCGACCUCAAUGGAAAAUGAAACCAGCAUCCUGGAAAAUGUCACUCGGGCCUUGGGCACCCUGCAGGAGGUGCUCAGCUUUGAGGAGACCGUGCCUGUGCCGGGUUCAGCCAACGGUAUCAAUGCCUUGGGCCUCGUGGUCUUCUCUGUGGCCUUUGGGCUGGUCAUUGGUGGCAUGAAACACAAGGGCCGGGUCCUGAGGGACUUCUUUGACAGCCUCAAUGAGGCUAUUAUGAGGCUGGUGGGCAUCAUCAUCUGGUAUGCACCUGUGGGCAUCCUGUUCCUGAUUGCUGGGAAGAUUCUGGAAAUGGAAGACAUGGCCGUCCUUGGGGGUCAGCUGGGCAUGUACACACUGACUGUCAUCGUGGGCCUGUUCCUCCACGCUGGCGGCGUCCUGCCCCUCAUCUACUUCCUCGUCACCCACCGGAACCCCUUCCCCUUUAUUGGGGGGGUGCUGCAGGCCCUCAUCACUGCCAUGGGCACAUCUUCCAGCUCUGCCACCCUGCCCAUCACCUUCCGCUGCCUGGAGGAGGGCCUGGGUAUAGACCGCCGCAUCACCCGAUUUGUGCUGCCGGUGGGGGCCACCGUCAACAUGGAUGGCACGGCCCUCUAUGAGGCCUUGGCUGCCAUUUUUAUUGCUCAAGUCAACAACUAUGAGCUCAACCUGGGCCAGAUCACCACAAUCAGCAUCACGGCCACAGCGGCCAGCGUUGGGGCUGCUGGCAUCCCCCAGGCCGGCCUGGUCACCAUGGUCAUUGUGCUCACGUCUGUUGGGCUGCCCACGGAAGAUAUCACACUGAUCAUAGCUGUGGACUGGUUCCUGGACCGGCUUCGCACGAUGACCAAUGUGCUGGGGGACUCCAUUGGAGCGGCCGUCAUUGAGCACUUGUCCCAGAGGGAGCUGGAGUUGCAGGAGGCUGAGCUCACCCUCCCUAGCCUGGGGAAGCCCUACAAGUCACUCAUGACACAAGAAAAGGGGGUGUCCAGGGGCCGGGGAGGCAACGAGAGUGCCAUGUGAGGGGCCUUCAGCUCUUCUCCAAGGCAGGAAGGAAGGGAACUGGGGAGGGGACCCCCGAGGACAGUUGGCUGCUCAGCCGACCCUGGGCUGCACACACGAGUUCUGCUUGGCUUCUUUGUGAGAGGAACUAAGAUAAAGGAGCAGGAGUGAAA